AAACGACUGUCCCCGACAUAUUGGAUCUAGUUAACACUAAUACAACGAACAAUAAAAUUUGGCACAGUUUGGAAAUUCACGAUAUAUGAUUGCGUAUUGUUUAUUAAUUGUCAAAGUAAAUGAGAGGUGUGCUAAUAGAAGUUGAAAGAUGAAAUGAUUGCGCGGGCGCAUGUAUUCCGUCCCAUUCGCACUCACUAUAUGCUGGAUAGUUCUGUUUCACACGCGCCGCGUUAACACAAACGCUACUUCAGUGCAUUCACUCGUUGCUUAGCGUCAUCACCAUCGUAAACAAGUUAGCCACACAAGGAAAAUAUAACCGUUUUAAAAAUAAAGCAGUGAACAAUCUCUAGGAAUUGAAACAUAGAAAAAUAAAAUUUCGACUGAUAUUGUGAUAAUUACUUUUAAAAGUUUUGGUUAGUUGCUAAAUAUUUGUAAAUAGGUUUAAAGGUUACAUUUCAACAUAAUGGACGCUACAAUGGAGAACAAAAUGGGACUUCCCCCACCGUACGAGCAGGUCCCGCCAAACCCGGCCCCACCACCGUCUUACUUCGCCACAGCUCCCCAACCGCCUGAAGUGCAACCAAGGACGGUGGUGGUGACGUCGACUCCAACAGUGACGACACGAACCACCACAAUUAAGCUAGGCCCAGGGCCGACGGGGACGUCAUGUCCUAAUUGCAACAAGCCUAUCGUGACUAGAGUUGAAUACGUGUCUAACAACAGAACUCACAUAGUAUCAGCUGGACUCUGUAUUCUUGCCGGUUGCUGCUGCGGUUGUCUCGUGCCAUAUUGCAUGAGAUCAUGCAAGACAGCGAACCAUUACUGUCCCCAGUGUAAAGCUUUCAUAGGCUCUCACGUUCCGUCCUAAUUUAUAUAAGAACAUUAGUUUACAAUGUGUUAGAAUAACAGCAGGGAUUUUAUAUAAAUAUAAUACAUAACAAGCUGAAAUCUGAAUGAAUGAAAUGAUUUUUUUUUUGUUUAUCAUUAAAUCGAGGUGACAGAUUAAAAAAAAAUUAUAAAUGAUUCCAAGAAUGUUUAUAGAUAAUAAAACAGAAGUACAUAGAAUAUAUAUUCGUUGUAAACAAAUUUUUAGAAUAAUUAGUGUAUCCUAUUAAUUUGUUAUAUCAUUUUAUAAAAUUGAAAUUGUAACUGUGAUAAACUUUUUUUUAAUAAUUUUUAUGAAUUGUAAUUCUAAAACGGUUUUUUGUAUGAACUGUCUGUAAUAUUUAUAUAUACUCUUAUUUAUUAUAAUUAUAUUAUUAUAAUUAUAUAUGUUCAUAUUUUAUUUCAACUUUUUCAUAAAAGAUUGGAAAUAAAGAUUUUUUUUAUUAA